UGGGCUGCACAUUAGAUUUCCUGCUGGACCCACGAGCUGGUGCACUUUUAUAUUUAGCAGAGCUCGAGUUUCCAGAAGCCCAUUCACUGUCAGCAGACUAACAGAGGCACAACGAAUAUCUCUCUCUCCAGGCUACAAGACGACUCACGCGUGUGUGUUUAUGUCCUUGUGUGUGUGAGACAGAGAGAUGGCAAGUGUCGAAACGCCUAAAUGCGAAUUAAGAGCCGAAUGGUGACCUUCUUGGGGAGAAAAGGGCUGGUGAGAAAAUAAUUUCCAAAUGCAUCUUGCAAUGAUUGACAGAAUAAUGAAAAUGAUAUUUGCUGAUACAAGCAAUCGAGCAAUGUGAUCUUAUCAUACCUGAUGUGCGUACCUCGAUGACACGACAGAUUGCAAAAUUGCAUUUUUGUCAAAGGAAAAAGGGGCAGAGACAUUAUAAAGGAAGUCUUUAAUAGCGAAAGAGGAAGAAGAUUGAUUUGACUUCCAGCAGUCUUGAGAUCUAGCAAGUUUGAACUUCAGAAAUGCUCUGUUCUUCCUUGAAAAAUGACCUAUUACUGGAAGAUAUGCCUCCACCCUUUUGUGUAUAUUAGAAAUCUGUGAUGGCUCCGCCCCAUUUUUGCAAGUUCAUACUGCAGGAAAUUAUAUCAUAUAUAUAUUUGUCAGUACAGCUGUGAAGGAAACUCAACUGCUGACUUCUUUCUUCAAGACAGCCAGUUGUAAUGGAUGCAGAAGACCUUUUCAAAUGUCAUCAGAUUGCAUUUCCGUUGUGGAAUAUUUAUUUUGGGCUCUAAUGGAAUUUCCAGAGCAGAUGUAGAAGACUUGAGAACAGAGAGUUGGAAAUAUCUUGAGCUUCGCUUAUGCGUGAUGAAACUUGUCUUCGAGGAAACUGUCAGUAGACUCUCAUUAAACAGGUGAUGUAUGAAGGUCUUUUAGUGAUGGCGAUGACGACACCACCUGAAAUCCUAAUUGCUGAGCCCAUUUCAAUUCCAAUUCUGAACAUUCUCCCGCCGUCGUCCGAUACGGAGUCAUGGUCGCGCUCUCCAAGCCCACGUGCGCAUCGGUACCGCUCACGCAGCCGAGAGAAAAGGAAAGCCAAGGCACAGCAAGAGGACAAAUCAGGAGCAAAGCAUUGUGAUAAACGGAAAGGUGAACUCGAAAGAAGCCCAUCACAUGCAUCUGCAUCCUCUUCAAUGGUUUGUAAUGUUGAUGAUGAAGAGCAGGGUAACCCCUGCGUGCUUCUGCUACCCCCGUCCCGCUCAUGGUCACGGAGCUCCUCCCUAAGCAGGCGCUCUCGCUGGUCUAUCCGUAGCCUUCUCAACAAGGACUCAGACUGUGACAGCAGCAGUACAGCCAGUAACUCUCCACGCAGCACACCCGGCAGCUCGCCCUCCUUACGCCGGCGUGUGUUGGGAGGCAGAGCCAGUGAAGGAGAGACGGCGGGAGAAAAAAGCGGUGGCGGUUCAGACAGCCCUCUGCCUCCCACUCCAUCCUCAUCCACCUCCUCCUACCCCCUCGCUGCACGUCACUUCACCCGCAAUGCCAAGAAAAUGCAGAGCUGGUAUAAUGUUCUCAGCCCUACAUACAAACAGAGGAACGAAGACUUCCGUAAACUCUUUAAAAAGCUGCCCGAUACAGAGCGUCUCAUAGUGGAUUACUCAUGUGCACUUCAGAAGGACAUUCUACUCCAGGGUCGUCUCUACCUGUCAGAGAACUGGCUCUGCUUUUAUAGUAAUAUCUUCCGAUGGGAGACUACGAUAACCAUACUUCUGAAAGACGUGACCAAUCUGACCAAGGAGAAGACGGCCAAGCUCAUCCCGAACGCCAUCCAGAUCAGCACUGAAAACGAGAAGCACUUCUUCACGUCAUUUGGGGCAAGGGAUCGCAGCUACAUGAUGAUCUUCAGACUAUGGCAGAACGCACUAAUGGAUAAGACUCUGUCUCCUAAGGAACUGUGGCACAUCGUUCACCAGUGUUACGGCACUGAGCUCGGCCUGACCAGUGAAGAUGAUGACUACGUCUCCCCUACUGCUGAACAUAUGAACGGCCUGCUGCCCGGAGAGGAGCCGGUCUCCGUCACUGACCUGCUGGAUCUGGGAUCAGUGCCGGUGGCUCCAGCGAGCUCCUCUCCACCCUCAUCUGCCUCAGUUCUUCCAUGCGCUUCAGGAUCUUCUCCACCAUCUUCCUCGUCCUCCUCUCAGCCUGUGGAGGUGCCGUCUAUUCGGGCCAGCAUUGACCCAGAGCCCAGUCCACCCAGUUCCCAGAGCUCACUGCCCCCGGUCACAAACACUGGAGCUGUCCCGGCCUCAGUAAUUUUAAAAGAAGGCGGGGACAGCCAGUCAGAAUCAGCCAAUCACUCACUUCAGUCUCCUCCCUCGAUCCCACACAACCUGGGAAACCUCUCAUCAUUGGAUAUGACCAAUGAUGAGGACCUCCCAACUGACCCAAGCAAUUCCUCUGACACUCAGGAAGAGAGUGAGGUGGAGUCCUUCUGUGCGGACCUCAACGGCCGAUUACAUAUUAAUACAGUCGUUCGCAUGGGUGUGGACAAACUCCACGAUCUUCUGUUCUCAGACACACACUUCAUACAGCACCUCUUCUCACAGCGUCACUUCACUGAUCUGUCAGUGCACGAGUGGCAGCAGGACAGCAGCAGCGGGAGCAGCAGUAGAGUUCUGAGUUACACCAUCGCCAUCAACAACCCGCUCGGCCCCAAAACUGCCCCUGUGGUGGAAACACAGACUCUCCAUAAGAGCAGCUCCCGGAGCGAGUGUUACGUGGUGGACUCGGAGGUCAUCACCUCAGGCAUCCCAUACCAGGACUACUUCUACACUGUACACAGAUACUGCCUGACCUCCGUCAACAAGCACAAGAGCCGCCUCAGGGUCUCGUCUGAUAUCUGCUACAGGAAGCAGCCCUGGAGUCUCGUCAAAGCGCUUAUAGAGAAGAACACUUGGAGCGGCAUUGAGGAGUAUUACAGACACUUGGAGAUGGAGGUGUGUAAGCUGGAGACGCUCUUGCAGACGGAGGUUACUGUAGUAAGUGCUGGUGAAAUGCCCUCGCCAGACUCCACCAAGACGCCUCCCGGCCUGCGCAGGCGCAAGCGCACCUGUCCCCGACGAGCAGGAGAGCGGGACAGAGACAGAGAGGCAGCUGGAGGAGGAGAACGGGGAGACAGAAUCACAGAUGAACGGGACAGGAGGGAAGCCGGUGGUCAAUAUAUGAAAUUAGGAGAGAGGUGGCGUGCUGGAGGUGGCAGCAACAACAACAGCAUUUCAACCAUCCUGCUCAUCGUCAGCUUCAUGAUCUGUGUCAGUUUGGUGGUUCUGGUGGCUCUGAACAUGAUGCUGUUUUACAAACUGUGGGCGCUGGAGCGGGCCGCACAUACGCUGGAGACCUGGCACUCAUACUCUUUAACUGACAGUCCUCUUCCUCAGUCAGCUGGAGAGUGGGCUCAGGUCCUGCAGCUCCAGAGGCAGUUUCAUCAGGCCCAGAUGAACAAGUGGCAGCAGAUCUUACAGUCGUCUGUCACACUUCUGGAUCAGAUGAAGCAGUCUCUGGAGAAGCUCCACAGAGGAAUGAUUCCUCCUGAGGGGCAGCAGGAGUCUGAUCCCGAACCGGACACACUGGCGGAUCAGUGACCCGCAAAACACACACAUCACACACAGGAGACGGUGCUCAACUCGGUCGGGUAUCCAGGAGCAGAUACAGGACUGUAUAAAACCCACACACCAUCAACAUGAACAUCAUGAACUCUGGGUCUGAAGCAAUAACACACACAUGGGAGCAUCGGUCACUGCAUCAUGUACUGCGUGUCUCAGCUGAACUUGUAGAAAUCUGCAAUUGAUUGUGGACCUUUUAAAAGAUGUGGAAAAGAGGGAAACGUCUUUCUCUUCUUCUGGAGGACUCGAAUCAACCUCCAAUCUGCUAGGAGACGUCAUUUCACUUCACAACAGAUAUGUUUUUAUGUUUUCCUGCGAGAGAAUUGACCGCUUUUUCUCGCAUCUUGUUUUUGUUUGUCAGAGCGGUUACUGAACUUGUUCAAAAGCGUGUCAGACCAUUACAGUAUUUAUUGAACAGACUUGAACUAUACACGUGUGUUUCUGCUCGAACAAGGACCAAUGUAGAGUUUGGUGGAGCGACUGGUUUUAAAAUCAGUUCCCAUUUUAGCAAUAAUCACAUGGACAAAUUGUAAAGACAAUUAGAAGUUGAGUUUAAAGAAAGAAGUGGAAUGGACAACUGUUACUUACUUGAGGUAGAGAGAAUCAGAGUGAUGAUUGUUAUUAUCCUCCCUAAUGUUUUUAGUUAUUAUUUCUGUUUUUAAACCCUGUGUAUUUAUGAUUGACCGGUGAGAGGAGCAAGUUUGUGUCGCUGAGGUGUUGGGGAACUUGAGUUUUACUGGAAUCAAACUUGAAUUGUUCACAGUUACUGUUAAGCCCAAAGUUACUUCAGUUUUUACUAUUACACAAGGAUCUAUAGCAGUAAAUGGGGGUGAGUUUUAUCAUCGGAGCAGUAUCUGCGUACUGUACAUGCACUGCCCAAUUUUAAUGUUUAUGCGCAAUUUAUGCACAUGCUUUGAAUUGAUAUUCAUGCUUUGAACUUGUUUUGCACUA